AUGGCCGAACAGCUGAGGUUCGACGGCCAAGUUGUUGUCGUCACUGGCGCUGGCGGUGGUCUCGGCAAGGCCUAUGCUCUCUUCUUCGCCUCCCGCGGCGCUGCCGUCGUGGUGAAUGAUCUCGGAGGCUCAUUUCAAGGCGAAGGCAACUCGACAAAGGCUGCCGAUGUUGUUGUCGACGAGAUCAAGAAGGCAGGUGGCAAGGCUGCCGCCAACUACAACAGCGUCGAAGAUGGCGACAAGAUCAUCGAAACGGCCAUGCAAAACUUUGGUCGCGUCGACGUCGUCAUCAACAACGCCGGUAUCCUUCGGGAUGUCAGCUUCAAGAACAUGACGGACCAAGACUGGGACCUCAUCAUGAAGGUCCACGUCCGAGGCGCCUACAAGGUCGCCCGCGCUGCCUGGCCGCAUUUCCGAAAACAAAAGUACGGUCGGGUUAUCAACACUGCCUCGGCUGCUGGUCUGUUUGGCAACUUUGGACAGACCAAUUACUCGGCCGCCAAGCUGGCCAUGGUUGGCUUCACCGAGACCCUUGCCAAGGAAGGGGCCAAGUACAACAUUCUAUGCAACGUCAUUGCUCCCAUCGCUGCCAGCCGAAUGACCUCUACCGUCAUGCCCCCGGAUGUCCUCGAGCAGCUAAGGCCGGAGUGGGUUGUCCCUCUUGUUGCUGUUCUCGUCCACUCCAGCAACAAGUCGGAAAACGGCGGCAUUUUCGAGGUCGGUGGUGGCCAUGUGGCCAAGAUGCGAUGGGAGCGGUCUGGCGGCCUGCUGCUCAAGGCCGACGACUCCUACACCCCUAGCGCCAUCCUCAAGAAAUGGGAUCGGGUUGUCGACUUCUCCAAGCCUCAGUAUCCCACGGGCCCCAACGACUUUUUGGGCCUGCUGGAGGAGUCCCAGAAGCUUGGCCGCAGCGAACAGGGCCCCAAGGUCGACUUCACCGGCAAGGUUGCGCUCGUCACCGGCGGCGGAGCUGGCAUCGGCCGUGCCUACUGCCUGGCUUUCGCCAAAUACGGCGCUACUGUCGUCGUCAACGAUCUCGCCAAUCCGGACGACGUCGUGAAUGAGAUCAGGAAGGCUGGUGGAAAGGCCGUGGGUGUCAAGGCUUCUGCCGAGGAUGGCGAGACGGUCGUCAAGGCCGCCAUUGACAACUUUGGCCGAAUCGACAUCAUUGUCAACAACGCCGGCAUCCUGCGCGACAAGGCCUUUGCCAACAUGGAUGACUCGUUGUGGGAUCCCGUCUUCAACGUCCACUUGCGCGGCACCUACAAGGUCACCAAAGCUGCCUGGCCAUACUUUCUCAAGCAAAAGUACGGCCGCGUCAUCAACACCACCUCCACCAGCGGUGUUUACGGCAACUUUGGUCAGGCCAACUAUGCUGCUGCUAAAUGCGGUAUUCUCGGGUUUUCCAGAGCCUUGGCUAUUGAGGGUCAAAAGUACAACAUCUUUGUCAACACCAUUGCCCCCAACGCUGGCACCGCCAUGACGGCCACCAUCAUGCCCCCCGAGAUGGUCCAAGCGUUCAAGCCCGACUACAUUGCUCCUCUUGUUCUCGCCCUCUGCGGUGACGACUGCCCCGAUCCCACCGGUGGCCUGUACGAAGUCGGCAGCGGCUGGUGUGGCAAGACUCGCUGGCAGCGGACUGGCGGCCACGGGUUCCCCGUCAACGUCGCUCUGACCCCUGAAGAGGUGGUCAAGAACUGGAAAGACAUUGCCAGCUUUGACGAUGACCGGGUGGACAACCCUGAAAAGGCUCAGGACUCCAUGAUGAAGAUUAUGGGCAACAUGGGCAACGUUGCGGAGAAGGUCGAUGCGCCCGCCCCCGGCAACGAAUACCUCGACGCCAUCAAAGCCGUCAUUGGCAGGGAAGGCCCUGCCGUCGAGUUCAAGUUUGAAGACCGAGACUCCAUCCUCUACAACCUGGGCCUGGGCGCCAAGCAGAAUGAGCUGAAAUACGUCUUCGAGGGAGCCGAGGAUUUCCAGGUCCUGCCGACGUUUGGCGUCAUCCCCAUCUUCACCGCCGAGAUGCCCUUCAACUUUGACGACAUCGUGCCCAACUUCUCGCCCAUGAUGCUCCUCCACGGCGAGCAGUACCUCGAGGUGCGCAAGUUCCCCCUGCCCACCAGCGGCGUGCUCGAGUCGCGCGGCAAGCUGGUCGAGGUGGUCGACAAGGGCAGCGCCGCCGUGGUCAAGACGGCCCUCACCACGACCGACAAGGCGACCGGCGAGCCCGUCUUCUACAGCGAAAUGACCGUCUUCAUCCGCGGCAGCGGCGGCUUCGACGGCCCCAGCAAGGGACAGGGCCGCGGGGCCGCGACGGCCGCCAACGCGCCCCCCAAGCGAGCUCCCGAUGCCGUCGUCGAGGCCAAGACGGACGAGAACCAGGCUGCCAUUUACCGUCUGAGCGGCGACUACAACCCGCUGCACAUUGACCCGUCGUUCGCCAAGAUGGGCGGGUUCAAGAAACCCAUCCUCCAUGGCCUGUGCUCCUUCGGCGUCGCCGGCAAAGCCAUCUACGAGACGUUUGGCCCGUUCAAGAACAUCAAGGUCCGCUUCGCCGGCACCGUGGACCCUGGCCAAACCCUCGUCACGGAAAUGUGGCGCGAGGGCAGCAAGGUCCUUUUCCAGACAAAGGUCAAGGAGACCGGCAAGCUGGCCAUUGGCGGCGCGGCCGUAGAGCUGAUUGAUGACAAGGGCAAGAUGUGA